AUGGGACCGGAUGAGGCUGCUUCUUCGCCUACCUUCCCUUCGCUAGACCCUAUUGUCAUCGACGACGAAAUGGAAGGUCCCUAUCAGGACACCAACAUCGAUUACCUUAAUUCUGCGAGUCUACAGAUGUCCUCUGAGAACGCUGGCCGGGAUUUCGACGAUCUUUUUUCCCAUUCCACUUCUUCCCAUACUGUCACCGAUCCAGAAUCUGCGUGUUUAUCGCCUUCAGAGCUGUCCAUUAAGAGACCGUACCGGGAACAGAACGUACUACAACAGCCUAGCAUUGUGAAAUCGGAUUCGCCUGCUGAGUCCCCGGAUGAUUCCAGUCGGAGUUCGUCGUCGGAAUCGCCACGACACCAUAUUCGGAACCCCUCGGUCGCUUCCACCACAUCCGGGAUUCAUAGCGAACAUAUGAUCAUGCCUUUCGGGUAUACAUCAGAGGAUUGGAUGAACCCGGACCUUAUGUCAGUGAAAGAGGAGCCAAUUUUUGGUUUCGAUCCCUCGUUGCCAACUAUGGAUGGCGCAUUUGCCACCGAUCUGGAGUCCAGUAACAAGGCAAUGGACGCUGCGUUCGAUUUUGAAAGUGCUGCCAGUAGCCCUAGUCCCUUGAAAACUGAGCCUACACCGCAGCCGACCCCCAGAAGGAGCUCCAAACCCCAUUUUCGCAGUGCGUCCAAUUCUGCUGCUAGACUAACGUCGUCUCCGAUGGUUCACACAGGUUCCUCUCACUUCUCACAUAGAAGCAAGGAAAACUCUCCUUUUUCAGCGUCAGGAUUCUCCGCCAAAGCAAAGUCCUCCACAAGUCAAUGGGCGGGCCAGUCUCCCUCGUCUCUUUUGGAAGAAAGCUUUGGAGGAAUCAAUAUGAAUGGUGGUUCUCCAUUGAACCCUGGGUUUAAUUUUGGGUUAGAUAGCUUUAAUCUCGGUCCCAGCUUCGCGCCACCUUCGCAAAACAGCGUGAAACCAGAGACAACACAGUGCCAUGUCUUGACGGUUCAUCCUACCUCCCUGAAGUCUCGCGUGGAAACACAAAUCCCCAUCAGAUUGACGCUUUUCCCGUUACCUACCGGAGUUACUAAGAUACGAUUGCCGAGUCAUACGAUUUCGAAACCGAAAUUUCUCGCGCCAUCGUCUACCGAACGCUCUCCAGAUGUCGUCGAGCUGCACACCAGUCUGGUCUGUACGAGUGCAAUGCAGGACCAGGUAAAACUCAAGAAGGCUUUUGCGAAAGCCCGAAGCGAGAAGCACUUCCGGUCAUCUAGCACGAGUCCUCAGUCGCCAAAUGGCAUGGAGGAAGACGAUAAACCUUUGGAUGGCGGAGAAGUGAAAAUCUGUGCCGGAUGCAUACAGCGUGAGCGGAAGCGGGCGUUCCGGAAGAAACAGAGGAAACCGGAGGAAGACGAACUUUUCCAAAAAGACGAAGACAAACGGGUCAUUGUUUUCAAUACAAAUGAAAUCAAAGAGUGGACCGAGCCGUCUAAAAAUACCUUGCCAGGCUAUGGUGACGUUCCAGUGCCGAUCGUCCCGGCUGGCGCAAUGCAAGUUGAGUUGCCCAUGCGGAUAGCAUGCUAUUGUCGACACCAAAAUGAGAAGCUUGGGUUUCAGGUCAUUUUUACUGUGAAGGACUAUAAAGACAAUGUUAUCGCCCAAGCCAUAACAAAUUCGAUCAUGAUCACAGACGAUCAUAAGACACAUGCACCUCCAGCGCCUCCCGUUCCUGGCCCUUCUCCUUCUUUGCCAGAUGGGACACAGUUACCUGGUGUCGGUGUCUUCCCGUCAGGCCCCGGCAUUGACCAAGGAAAGUCAUCCCAGCAAUCGCAAUCGUCGUCAACAACAGAUCUGCAGGGCCUCCAGCAGAGACUCAACUCUCAAUACCAACUAAGCCCCGACUCGUUUUCUGCCUCUCAAAACCAGACAAACGGGGCUGGACUGUCCAACCCGCAACCUCCACGAAGUCUUUCGCGCCAGGCAUCGCCAAACGACUUCCAGGGGCCGAUGAGCAAGAGACGCAAGCACAGUAACUCUGGAAGACUUUCGUCGGAACUGACGAUGACCAAGCUCGAAAACGUAACCAGCUCUUCAGGGGUCUCCAGCGCGCCAGGUCUUAGCAAUGACUCGCAGUUCUCUGCAUCUCGUGGAUUUGCAUCCCCGGUCGAAAGACCUUACGUAACAUCAUCGGCCAUGUCAAGUCAAUUCACUAACGGUCCGCCAACUCCUGGGAGCGGUGAUAAUAACCCAUUCUUUAAUGCUACCGCGCAGCAGAGUCUGGAUAAUUUUAUUCAGCAGCAAUUGAUGUCUGCACCGAACUCGGCUCAGCCGAGUCGGCCAGCAUCACCUGGGGGGUCUUCUCGAAAUGCUUUCCAAGACCAGACUCUCAAUCUUUCGUUAGGCCCCACCCCUUCGACGUCCAUGUGGCCUUUAACGAGUGCCGGAAACCGAUUGCCCUCUGUCAUCCACAAAUUAGUCCCCGCAGAGGGGUCCAUUACUGGAGGGACGGAAGUGACACUAUUGGGAAGUGGCUUUUACCCUGGAAUGGAAAUCGUCUUUGGUGAUACCCUUGCGACUACCACUACUUUUUGGGGCGACAAGUGCCUUAAUUGCUUGACCCCGCCUGCACUCCAGCCUGGCAUGGUGGCAGUUGUUUUCAAGCAUGAACACCCAACUUUUGGUCAGGUACAGCAAACUCAAACCCUGAUACCGAAACAGCAUCAUUUUUUCCGUUACGUAGACGACCGUGAGCUGCAAAUGUAUCGCCUUGCACUAGGAAUUCUCGGACAGAAACUCGGCAGCCAGGCCGAUGCAUUUCAAACGGCUCAACAGAUAAUGGGUAGCGAUCCGAAAUCUAUAUUCGGCCUCUCAAAGGAUUUCCAAGGCGGGUCUAGUGGCCAUCAACGCCAGGUCCCUGGACUAGAGUCGCAGGGUAAACUGAGCGACUUGGACUCUAAGAUGCUAACUUAUCUCGAGUUUAUUGACCUUGAUGACAGCCCACGCCCACCCAAAUAUAACUUCCGUGGUGGAACAGGCCAGACCCUCCUUCAUUUUGCGUCAUCUUUGGGCCUGACCCGGUUUGUUGCCGGGCUCCUCGCUAGGGGUGCCAGUCCAGAUGUGCAAGAUAGAACAGGGAACACUCCCAUGCAUUUGGCGGCUCUGAAUGGCCACGCGCACAUUGUUAAUAGGCUCCGUCUCGCUGGUGCCAAUGUUAACUCCCGCAGUAUUAGGGGAUUUGUCCCAGCGGACCUUGCUACCACGUUACAAGCACAUCAGGCGGCUUUGAUACCCGCACAGCAUUAUCGCUCCCGUAGUACUGGGUCGUUGACUUCUUUGCGACGCAGGCAAAGCAGCUCUGCUUCGCUCCAUUUACUUUGGGAAUCUUCUUCUGGCUCCUUCGAUAGUGCCAUUGAUGAUUCCGAGGAAGAAGACGAGAGUGAAGAGGAUGGUAUUGGUUUUACACCAUCCCGACGGCCAAGCAUUCAUCAGGAUACCUCAGCAUCAAUUCCUGCUCCCGAGCAAUCUGCGUCAGAAGAAGAGCCUCGACCGUUUUCUCCACCUGCAGCUCUUGUUGCCUGGCGUAAUCAACUCCAAGCUCAAAUCAACCAAUUCCAGCAGAGUGUUGCCAAUGCGUUUCCCAACCUUCCUGCUUUACCGCCUAUGCCGGCUUUGCCCGAUUACCAGGCCCAUCCAAUGAUGCGCCGUAUUACAAACCUUGUUCCACACAGGCCAACGGCGUCGUGGCCGGCCAAGGAAGGCUGGUGGGACUUGUUGACGGGCAACUCUGCGCCAAGUGCUACCGAGUUACCGUCUUACGAAGAACUAUACCCACGCAAAGAAGAGGAGGCUGAGGAAGAUGCGGCACGUGCAAAGAAAGCUAGUAUGCUGCAAGCAGCUACUGAUGCUGCUUUGGACCGGCAUUUCGAAGCUCAGGCUAGCGAACAAGCCAGCUCGUCUCAAAACGUCGCAGCUAAACAAGAGAAAGAGGAUCUUAAGGAUAUCCGCAUUGGCCGCAAAGUGAUCUCUCGUGAACAGCAGAAGCACCUCCGCGAGCACCAAGCACAGAGAAUGAAGGGACUAGGCAGUGAUCGGAACUUGUAUUUCAUUUGGAUCCCCCUCUUGAUUCUAGUCAUCGGUGCAUGGAUGCGCAGCUAUGCUCCAGGCAUUUGGCAAGGGUUUACCAGCGGUUAUGUGUUUAUUAAGUCCCGUUAUGCGCAGCGCGCCCUGGACAUUGUGACCUGA